AUGACUGUGGACGAAGAUACAACUUGCUCCAUCAAUGGGCUUUCUAACGAAGUGAUAAUUGGCGUUCUGGUUUAUUUCGUCUUCGUCGUGUUGCUGGGCAUACCGGGUAAUUGCCUCAUCUUUUACGUGUACUGGAGCAAACGAAACAAAUCCAGCACCAAUGUCCUGAUCAUGUCGCUCGCAUCGGUUGACUUCGUGGUUUGUUUUCAUCGACUUUUGGACAUCGUCUUGAAUUCACUUUGUCUGGCUGGAGUGAACUCACCUGGUACCUUUCGGAAAAUUUUGUACUGCCUCAACCUUGGAUGGAUCGGUGCGUCUGUCACCGUUACUGCGAUUAUUGCUGUGGACCGUUAUGAAUGCGUGUGCCUUCCAAAACAGCGAAAGAUGACUUUCAAAAGAACCAAGAAAUCCUUACUGGUGUCAAUUCUUGUCAAUUUUGUAUUCCAAAUACCGUUAUAUGUCGUAGUGGUCAUGGACGAGACUGUUUCAGUUACUCUUUCUGCGACAUUUUUGGGACUUAGGCUUGUGAUAUUUUUGGCUGCGUUUUGUGUAAUCUUGGUAUGUUACGGAAGUGUUUUCCGUGCCAUACGCCAACACGUUCGAACCAGUGCAGCAUCACCACAGAGUCAUCAUGAGCACCAAUGUUCGCUUUUCAAGAAGUUCUCUCAACCACACACUCCAGUGCGAACAGUAGCUGACACCGUACCAUGUCAGUCGUUGGUGGAUUCCAGUUUAGAAUCAACCAACGGAGAGCUACGAAUAGGGGACCAACUACCGACGAAGACGAGCACCAGUGGGGUACACCAGCCCAGUUUUCUUGCAAAUGAUAACCUGACUGAUUUGACUGAAAGGUGGGAUGAAAGCGAAGCGACCCCACCUACGCAGUUCCUUCGUGUCAGGGUACCUUCUGUGACCGGACGCCGUCAAGUUGCUGGGCCGGCACUUCAGCGCCGAACCACCCUCAUGCUUUUCAUCACUACCGUUGUGUUUCUCGCUUCUUGGCUGCCUUAUGGAAUUUAUUCCGUCUUUGAAGCCCUCGGCAUGGAAUCAGUCUUUCUGAAAACAUUCACCAAGAUUUUGUAUGUAAAUAACGUCGUCAAUCCGUUCAUCUACGGCCUAGCGAACAGACGGUUUCGAGAUGACUGCCAAACUGCCCUUCGGAAGUUGAGAUUUUGUAACAGAGUCAAACACUAA